ACAAAAAAAAUAUAAAAAAAACAUGAAGCAACAUUAAAUGCGAUUUGUUGCAUAUUAAAGUUUCUUGCUUGCAACUCGUGUCAGUUUAACGGCAACAUUACAACGUGUUAGUGUGUUCUUUACUGUUCUCUGUUUGUCUCCUUUUAAGCAUGUCAGAUGACUUUUAGGUUGACAUCGUACUGUAAAUUGUUCUAGUUUUUUCGUGGAAAACAAAUAUCGAAAAAACCAAAAAAAAGAUAAAAUUCAAGGAAAAAAAAAACAAACAAACGAAAUAAGGAAAAACGUGUUAAAAACCAACAUUAAAUAUUAUCGGGUUGAUUCAUCGAGAUUCGUUCAUUCAUUCAUUCAUCAUUUGUGACUGACUUCAUUAAUUGGAAUUGCUUUAGCGUGUAAACUUUAAAGUCAAUUGAACAAGGAUUAUUUCAAAUUGUGCUCGUCCAAUUCAUUCGAUUUGAUUCGAUCGUUUGAUUAUUGUGAUUUUUUUUGCUGUUUUUGCCAUUGUAAUUGAGCGCUUUACAUUGUGUUGCGGUUGUGUAAACGACAAAUUUGUACAAAAUGCUGCUAAUAAAAUUAAUUAUUGUCAGUUCAUUCUGCCUUUUAAGUCUGAUACACCGUGUACAGUGUGAAAAGACGGAAAACUCAGCUGUUUCAGCUACUGCGGAACGAAAUAAUAAAAAGGAUACAAAAUUCACAGCCGCACAAUCAACCAUUUAUAAAAUUAAAAGACUGAAUCCAUCAAAGGAUAAACAAAACUUGCAUAAACAACGAAUAGAGGAGCAGCAUCUACACCAUUUACAACAUGAGCAGCAACAUCUACAACAAGGACAAAAGUCAAGACAACAGGAUGUCAUGCAUCAUCAGGAGUAUAAGGGAAAUUACAAAGUUACCGAAAGCGGCGGCGACGUUACUACGUCUAACAAACAUCGCACAAAAAAAUUUCGCAAAUCGGGAAAAAAUGCACAUGGUUUAAAUAGAAAAUUAUUAAACAAAUUGGGUUUCACCAAAGUCAAGGCACCCAACAGUCAUAACCGGAAACGUUUGGCCAUCGAAUCACGACGUCAUGCUUCACCAGAUGAUUCACACAUGUUUAUUAUAAAAUUACCGCCAAAUAUGUAUUAUUACACCAAUCCUAAACCAUCUAAGUCUGGCACUGUAGCAGCCUCAUCAUCAUCAUCAUCUCCAAAUUCUAUUGCAGCAUCGGUGGAUAAAAAAAAUUCUUUAGUACCGCAUGUACUUAAGGAUGAUACAAGUACAACUAAGGAUGCUAACGGAAAAAAGGUCUCAUUCCCAUUCAACUCGAAUGGCAAACCAGGACGUAUCUACCAUUGGAAUUUGCCGGUCAUUAAAAAGAUGCUCGAAGAUAAACAACGUUUUCCCAGCGUUGCCAACAUCGAACCGAACAAAGUCGAACAAUUAAUUGAUAUAAAAAAUAUACCAACAUGGUCUAAACCAUGGGAAAAUGAUUCGAUUGAAAAAUCCUACAAUCAGGAUUCAAUGAUGAGCUAUAAAAAGUCACUAAAACGUAAAUCACCUACAUAUUAUGCACCGGCUAGUGCGGUCAAUAAAAACAGUUUCAAUAAAUACUUUUCGGGCAAUGGCAAACCCAAAGGAUUUUAUGUCAUAAAAGAGAAUCAAAAGAAACCAUCAUACUAUAAAAAUAUUGUAGCGUAAAAGAUAAAACAAAAGAUGAGAAAAUAAUGAAAAGAUUGGCUAAAAAAAAUAAUGAAAUUAAAUAAGACAGAUUAAAUUAAUAAAUAUUGGAAUAUAUCAUAAUCUUAAAGCAAACAAAAGCCAUAUUAACAUUUCUUUUUUAUUAUUUUGCAAAAGAACAAACAAAUUGUGUAGUUAAUAAUGAUAGACAUUAUAUUAAUUGCAAAAUAUAGUACAUGCAUCCUAAAUUUUAUAACUCAAGCAUAAAGUAAAACUUUAGACUUAUCAAAAGACUAAUAAUACUAAAUAAAUAAACAAACAAAAAUAUACAAAAAAAAAA